AUGUCUGAAUCAAAGUGGCAACGUGCUCUUUUGAAGCUUGAAUCAUUCCCAAACCAAGGUGCAAGCCUAUGCCCUCCCUUAUUUCCUUCGUAUUGUGAGCCUGAUCCAGAGCUGAAAACUUUCGUUAAGUUGAAAAAAUGCAAGGUUCCUGUAGAAGUUUCGGCUAUCCUCAAAUCAUACCCUCCCAUCAUGAAAAUUAUACAAAUCAUAUCUCGUCACGCUGGCUUCUUACCCUUGGCAUUAUCAAUAUCGUAUAGACAGCCACAGCAUAAGCAGUCAAUCCCUUGUUUUGUCCCUACAAAAACGGGAAAGCUUGGUGAUGCAGAUGAAAGAUGCAAUGGAACAUCGUAA